GUAAAGACGGUUGCGGAGAGUUAAUUACUAAGAGCCUUAGCGUUGUGCGAGCAGUUCGUGCUUCCUGGCUUCUAACAUGAACGUUGAGAAAAAGGGUGCGUAGGUGUUGAUCAGUGCAUGUCUCGCGCCUUCAUCAAUCUCCCACUUGCCACUCAUCCAACAAAGUUUACCAAAGGUUCAGAACAAAAUCUAGUCUUGUUGCAUUCUCUACGACAAUCCAGAGAGAAGUGGAUUUCAUCCGCUUUCCCCAAAUUUUCCUCCACCGCAAGGCAAACAUCCAAGUCCUCGAAGAACCCGAACCAAACUCAGACACCUAACUCCCCACCGCAUACUAUCCAAUCUCGAGGAAAAUGUGAUCUAGCCAUUGGGCCGCAUAUUUUCUAUGAUACGAUGUUUUACGAGGUUCAUUACCUGCAGCAAUCAACUUCGUAUUACUCUUCCGCCUACUCGUCGAUCCUCUCACCGAGUGUCAAUCCAGCCACAAUGAUGAUAACCCCAGAAGUUGUCAACCAAGUCAACUCGGCUGCUUCAAGUAAUCCGACUCUUGCCAACUUGUUACAGCUGGCUGCUGCAGGGAAAGCUAGCCCAGAUCAAUUGAAGACACUGGGUUUGUUGGUCCAGAGUCUUGCUGCUAGCAAUCCGGUUUUUCAGCUACCUGGAACGACUUCGUCUGCUCCCCCAAUAUCGACAGUAGCAACGACAUUCCCGGCGGCGGCAACGAAUAUGAAUUCUCAGGCGUAUCAGACCCCAGCUCCAGCAGCAUCCACGACCUCAGCCCCAGUACCACAAGUGCCGAUGCAAUAUUCCUUCGACCUUAUCAUUGAAUUCCGAGAGAACAAUACAGAGAGAUGGCUGCUUCCACGAGGAACUGCUUCCAUUGUUGCUUCGCCAGAUAACCCAACCAAUGUAACCGUGACUGCACUGCUACCGUUCUCAAAAUCCAACGUCACCUCAACAAUGCUUUCUACCGAGGAUACUGAAGACCGACUGGUUGAGCUCGAAUUGACGAACACGCCUCCCCCAAUACGCGAUUCUCUCUGGCGAUGGGCAGGUGGGGAGGCGAAAAUUGAAGAAAAUCGACAGAUCCUCGACAAGCAGAGAUAUAUACGGCACACAUAUCUUUCAUACGAACUACCGGAAGAUCCAGACUUAUUAAUGCAAUUGCAAUCGGCUACCGCUCCUCCGAAUCCGCUCAAGUCCAUUAAGACAUCGGGUAACCUGUAUAAACGACCUUCAGCUCCUAGAAAGAGAGCCACGAAAGCGAAAGAGGCUACUUCACGAACAGUUGUCUCUCCUUCAAUUUUGACUCCUACGCCUGCACCGACGACCGUGGCUUCGCCGGUUCCUCCAUCUAUGGAAUUAGACCCUGUUCAUUCUACUGCUCUCGAUCCUCCACUUGCACUUCUCGAAUCAUCUGUUCCCGUUUCACCGACUGUCACUCCCGUAGCUGUUACACCUAUUCCCGUGCACGAUCUCAAUCCCACCUUCUUCGCACCCCCAGCCACUCUCAUCAAUAACAACAACAAAAAACCAAGGCAACCACGACAACCUAAGCAGCUUAAAAAACAAAAGAUGAAAUCUCCACCUCCAGUUAUACGAUGCCUAAGUUGUGGACAGACGGAUGUACCUUUGCUAAUGGGCGGACGCUUCUGUCGCCCCUGUGUGGAAGGAGGACGAGCAAACGCUGAGAUUCCUCAGGCGCCCUUGAUGAGAUCUGGGAUGGCACAUACGACGCAGCCGUCGUAUGUGCCCGUGGUUCAGCCCUUGAAGCUUUCACCCUUCCCGAGUUCACCAAACGCAUCCAGUUCAAGCGCAGCAGUUGGCAGUAAUGAACUACAAUCGCAGAGUGCUCAAGGGACGCCGCCUUCCACGACCAGUGUUGGUGGUGGUGGGACCGCGACUACGACUGAUAUUGAUAUGACCGAUGGUUGAACUGCUUCAGGAGGAAGCUUAUAGGACGCUUUUAUUUCUGAUCGCGUUUCAUUCCAGACGCAAGGACUGGUCUAGCGUGAAUAAGUGUAUGCAUAUCUUGGUUUGUUAUAGUGACUAGCGUUGACCUAUGCCGGUGUGUUAAACGUACCUAGUACAUAUCUUAUCGAUUCGAGAUUCGUUGAACAACCUAUGCAGUGGUUGCUCCUCGCCCUCGCCCUA